AAAAGCACUUGCACUUUGCAGUCGGGCGAGACCGGAAUAUCUAAACAUAAAUGCAGCCAAUAACUCACUAAAUAUAAGCCGCGAGACCAGCUUUGGUUUAAUACUAAUGAACAGAACAGCUAUGGAAGAGGGAUACCUUAGAACAGUAAAAGGGCGAAGUUUGAACAAACUGAAUGAACAGUACGACUGUUGCCGCGCUGGUGAAUCACUUUUUCCAUGAAGAUAUAGUUUUACGGGGAAUAUUCUUGCGACUUUUGUAAGGAGCAUAACAUUGACUCUUAAAAAAGAUUUAUAGACAUUGUAUGCUAGUGUGGAGAAGGUUACUCUACCAACAGGUAGAAAUGUCAUCUGGAUAAACUAAACGAUGGGCUGGAUAUGACAACUGUUCUGGAAGUUAUGAAGUGAACGUUUUACUCCGAAGUAGUAGAUUUGCUCCAGAAUGGAGUGACUCUCCGUAUUACAGUAAACUGGCCAUCCACAGACCACUUUAAACCUUUGGACAUGAACAUUUGUCAAGAUUUGGAUCGGUUUUGUCUGAUUUAGUGGAAUUUGAAGUUUCGUCGAGCAAUGCUUGUGAAGAAAUAGUUUGUGGAGUGCUCUCGGGACGCGCAUAUGGAGCUCCAGGUGGUGUGUGGAUUGCUCUGUUGCUUUCUUCUGCCGACUUUCUUACUCGCAGCCUGCUUGCUUCGCUUCAAUGCCCUGUCCCUCAUCUACCUGCUGUACCUGUUGCUGUUGCCAUGGGUCCUUCGGCCCGACAAACGUACGCUGCAAGGGCACGCAGGUCGCUUUAUCAAGGCCCUGUUUGGCACCAGCCUUCUCUUCCUCCUGGCCCAUGUGACCUUUCAGAUCUGCCUUUACACCAUCCCGGGAUUGGACGAUGAGCUGGGGCACAACUGUAGCUCGUGGGAGACGUUAUCGAGACAUGUUGGAGUGUCCAGGCUUCCCCUAGAGGACCCUUGGAAUUUGCUGCGGCUUGUGGGCCCUGACUUUGGCGUCUUCAUCAUCUCCCUCGUCACCCUGGUGCUGUGCAACCGGCUGCUGAGCAAGAAGGACAAUGAUCCGAAUCAGGCCAAGGCUGAGGGCUCAGAGCCCGCGGGAGAGGAAGAGGAGGAGGAGAAUGAGGAAGAGGAGGAGGGAGAGGAGGAAGGCCGGUCGUCGCCCAGCGAGCCGGAGGGUGACCUGUCCCCCACGACGCGCGCCGCCCUGUUGGCAGCCCGGCUCCGGGUCACAGCCCAGCGGUUCCUCAGAGACCUGGGCCGGGUUCUGGCCAUCAUGUUGUUGGGUCUGGCUGGUAUCACGCUGCCCUCUGCCUUUUCUGGAAUCUACUACCUCCUGUUCAUCUGCGUGUGCACCUGGUGGGCCUGUCACCUUCCCAUCAGCCCCCUGGGCUUCAACGUGAUCUGCGUGAUGGUGGGCUUCUUCACAGCGGGGCACCUGGUGUGCCUCUACCUGUAUCAGAGCUUCUAUGCCCAGGCCAUCUUACCACCUGCUAGCCUGUGGGCCAGACUCUUCGGCCUCAAAGAGAUUGUAACGCCUUGCAACUGCUCCUCCUCUUAUGACCUCAUCCUGAACACGGAACAUGAUUGGCCAGUGUAUGUCAACCCCGGGAUCCUCUUCCUGCUCUACAUCACCAUGGCGAUUGUUCUGAAAAUGGGCAGCCCUGGCCUUCACGGAGAGCAUGAAGAUGAACCACAGUCCAGAAAGGGGGUGGGGCCUGGCAGAGGGGAGGAGGUGGAGCUAGAAUCCUGGCGGCCACAGAGACGAGGCAGUGAUGAUGACACUAAGAAAACGCUGCUCCCCGCCGGUGACUCACCACAGUGUGAGUCAGAAAAUUCCAGAGGUCACGUCAUCGUCAAUUCCAGUCACCCAGAGCUAGGACCCAGUGGUGCCCCCAGUGGACAGGAGGGGGAUAACCCUUUCUACAUCGUGGGUCGAUUGGUCAUGCAGCAGAGCUAUGUAUGCGCUCUCAUUGCAAUGAUGGUGUGGAGUAUCACCUACCACAGCUGGUUGACCUUUGUGCUGCUGCUGUGGGCGUGUCUGAUCUGGAUGCUGCGGGCUCGGCGGCACUUCGCCAUGCUGUGCUCUCCUUUCAUCCUCCUGUACGGCCUGUCGCUCUGCAGCCUGCAGUACGUCUGGGCCAUGGACCUGGGGCCCGAGCUGCCCCAGCACUGGGGGACCAUGAGUCUCAGGCAGCUGGGCCUUGACCAGGCCCCCCACCCAUGCCUGCGCCUGGGGGCCAUGUUGCUCUAUACCCUGACUUUCUGGCUCCUGCUGAGACAGUCAGUUAAGGACAAUUUCAGCAGGAAGAAGAGCAUCGCUGCCCCUCUCCUGGAGGUCACCACUGGAGAGAGUGGCAGGCGAAACCAGUCGGUUCUCACGGUUCUGGGCCGGACUGUGAUGAGCUGCUACGCCAAGUACUGGAUCUUCGUGUGUGGUGGCAUGUUUAUCAUGGUCAGCUUUGCGGGCAAGCUGGUCGGGUACAAGAUCGUCUACAUGCUGCUCCUCCUGCUCUGCCUGUGUGUCUACCAGGUGUACUACUCCCUAUGGCGACGGCUGCUGAAGGCAUUCUGGUGGCUGGUGGUGGCGUACACCAUGCUGGUGCUCAUCGCCAUCUACACCUUCCAGUUCGAGGACUUCCCAGGUUAUUGGAAGAACUUCACUGGCUUCACAGAGGAGCAGCUAGCAGACAUCGGUCUGGAGACCUUCAAGCUGUCGGAGCUCUUCGUCAGCAUCCUGAUCCCCGGGUUCUUCCUGCUGGCCUGCAUCCUUCAGCUGCACUACUUCCACCGGCGCUUCAUGAAGAUCACUGACCUGGAGCACGUCACGCCCAUCCACAGGAAGAAGAAUGUCCACAAUUCGGAUGCCCCACAAGCCAUGGAUGAGAGAGGGGUUGAAGAGGGGAACCUGGAAAAUGAUCUGGAGGAUUACCAGUCAGAGGAUGAAGAGACAAUGCCCAGUAAGUGGGGUCUGGUGAUGGACCGGCUGGUGGUGCUGUUCUGGAAGUUCUCUGAGAUCCUGACCCAGGUGCAGGUCUUCCUUUGGAGGGUCAUGGAGCUUCACGUCCUCAAGAUGGUGGCCUUUUUCGUCAUCUGGGUGGCGCUGGGAGAGCCGUCAGUGAUGAAUCUGGUUCUGGUGGUUCUGUGGGCCUUCGCCAUGCCGUACCCCCGGUUCCGCCACAUGGCUUCCUGUCUGUCCACCAUCUGGGUCUGCAUUAUCAUAGUGUGCAAGAUGCUCUACCAGCUAAGCAUCGUCAACCCCACAGAGUACUCCAGUAACUGCUCUGUGCCCUUUCCCAAUGAGACCAGCCUGGAGAGGAGUGAGAUACUCAACUCCACGCUGUACAGGCAGCCAGUCGACCCAGCCAGCUGGUUCGGGUUCCGGAAAGACGAUACUGUCCUGGGAUACAGCAAAAACCACCUGCUGGUGCUGAUGCUGCUGGUGUUCGAGGCCACGGUGUACCGCCACCAGGCUCACCACUACAGGCAGCACCUGCAGUCCCCUCCCCCCAUCCCCACCCUCUUCCCCAGCACCAACAGGGUCAACAUGGACCAGAGCCUGCUGAGCGCCAUCAAAUACCUGCUCAACUACUGCUUCUACAAGUUCGGCUUGGAGAUCUGCUUCCUGAUGACGGUGAAUGUGAUUGGCCAGCGCAUGAACUUCCUGGUCAUCAUCCACUGCUGCUGGCUGGUGGUGAUCCUGACACGGCGUCGCCGGGCAACCAUCGCCAAGAUAUGGCCCAAAUACUGCCUGUUCCUGGCCUUCUUUGUGAUCUACCAGUACCUUCUAUGUGUGGGAAUUCCUCCGGCCUUAUGUAUAGACUACCCCUGGCGCUGGAGCUCCCCUGUCACCAUCAACUCUGCCCUGAUCAGGUGGCUGUACCUGCCAGACUUCUACACCAUUCCCAAAGCUAAGGACCUCAUGGCGGACUUCCUUCUGCUCAUGUGCGCCUCGCAGCAGCGGAAGGUCUUCCAGGACGAGAGGAAAGAGGACUGGAUGGUGCUGGCCGGAGAAAACAGGGACAACCCCAACCCCAUGGAGGGGAGACAUGUCAAACCUGUGCCCAACUUCAUCAACUGCAGGUGUUACCUGGACAUGGCCAAGGUGCUGGUCUUCCGCCAGAUGUUCUGGUUCGUCCUGGCGGUGGUGUUUGUGACAGGUGCCACGCGGAUCAGCUUCUUCGGCCUGGGCUACCUGCUGGCCUGCUUCUACUUCCUGCUGUUUGGGACCCAGCUGUUGACCCGGUCCUCCCGGAGCCGGCUGGUUCUGUGGGACUGCCUGAUCAUCUACAACGUGGCGGUCAUCAUCUCCAAGAACAUGCUGUCUAUCCUGUCCUGCGUGUUUGUGGAGCAGAUGCAAGCCCGCUUCUGCUGGGUGAUUCAGCUUUUCAGCUUGGCCUGCACCAUCAAGGGCUACUACGACCCGAAGGCGGUGAGCGGUCAGGACUGCAUGCUUCCUGUGGAGGAGGCAGGGAUUAUCUGGGACAGCAUCUGCUUCUUCUUCCUCCUCCUGCAGAGGAGAGUCUUCCUCAGCUUCUACUUCCUGCAUGUGACGGCAGACCUGCAGGCCUCCGCCCAGCAGGCGUCUCGGGGUUUUGAGCUGUUCAAAGCCAGCAUUGUGAAGAACAUGAGGUUCCACAAGGAGGUGGAACAAAGAUCCCUCUCGCAGCUCAAGAGAUCAAUGGAGCGCAUCAGGACCAAGCAGCAGAAAUACAAGGACGGGCAUCAUGCCUCUGACGCCAGGGAAGAGGAGCCUUUAGAAGCAGGUGAGCACACGAAGACCACCGAGCAGAAAAAAAAGUGGUGGCGUCCCUGGCUUGACCAUGCCACAGUGCUGCACUCUGGAGAGUAUUACCUGUUUGAGUCAGACAGCGAGGAGGAGGAGGAGCUACUGGCCGAGGACCUGAAGCCCCCGAGACAGAGUGCCUUUCAGCUGGCCUACCAGGCCUGGGUGUCCAACGCCAAGGUAGCUCUGAGGGACCGUCAGCAACACCAGAGGGAGCUACAAAGACUGAAGAGAGAACGCAGAUCCCAGAUCUCAGGUGAUGGAGAGGAAGGUGGGGUAAAUUCUGCGGAAGCUACUGUACAGGAAGAGGAGGAGUCGGGGGAGGAAGAGGACUCGGGGAAGAGUGACAUUGUACAGAGGAUCCUGGACGUUCUAAAAUUCCUGUGGGUCCUUUUCCUGGCCAUGGUGGAUGGCCUGACCCAGUGGCUGGACAUGCUGACCAAGCAGUACGUGGACACCUCCACCGUACUGUGUAACGAGCGCUACUUUAUCACCCACAACAUCAGCCAGGGAUCUCCCAGGGACACCGUGGUGGAGGAUCGGGUGUCUCAGUGCAGCGAGAUUCCCACUAUGGAGACCUGUGUGGACGAGCUGGACCCCGAUAAUGUGAACCGCAGCAGCGCCAUCCGUGGCACAGAGUUGGAGGAGAUGACAGACUCAGAGAGGAUCACGGGCUACAGCAGCACUACCCUCUGUUCAGUACCCUCCCCAGAGCUCGAGCUGGGCCCGGAACCGGAACCGAGGUCCAGCCAGCGGUCGCGGCAUUCCAGGACCGCCAGCGAGCUGCUCGGCGACAGUCAGUUGAUUGUGGAGGAACUGGUCCAGAGCCAGCAGUUCUACGCCUCCCAGAACCGGGCCCUGAAGCUGCUCUUCGCCCUUUACAACCUGCUGGCGGCCAACUCGGAGCUGGUGUGCUACUUCAUCAUCGUGCUCAACAACAUGGUGACCGCGUCCGUCAUCUCCCUGGUGCUGCCCAUCCUGGUCUUCCUCUGGGCCAUGAUGGCCGUGCCACGACCCACCAAGCGGUUCUGGAUGACCGCCAUCGUCUACACCGAGGUAAUGGUGGUCGUGAAGUACCUGUUCCAGUUCGGCUUCUUCCCCUGGAACAGUGCCUACGAGACCAAGCUGAACGAGGACAAGCCCUUCUUUCCACCUCGCAUUCUGGGCUUGGAGAAGACAGACAACUACAUCCGCUACGACCUACUGCAGCUGCUGGCGCUCUUCUUCCACCGCUCCCUGCUGCAGCGGUACGGUCUGUGGGACCAGGAAGGUCCGCUGGAUGAGAGCGCCAAGCAGUCGACAGAGGAGAGUGGAGAGGGGGAGGAGCCUGGGGCCUGCCCUGACCUGACCCUCACCGAACCAGAGGAAGUCAAACCGAACCAGGAAGAGGAGACAGAACCAGAUCAGAACCAAGACCCGCCCCCCGCCCCUGAGAAGGGGGAGAAAGGGAAGAGCAGUGUGCUGCGUUUCCGUAAGAGGAAGAAGCAGGUUAAAGAAGCCAAAGACACUAAAGAGAGCAAGAAGAAGACAAAGGCGAAACGUAGAGAGGCAGCGAGAAAGAGGAUGAAGCUUGUGGGAGAGAAGUUUAAACAGCUUGCCAUCUCCAUCAUUCGCAACGUCUACAGACCUGUGCACAGGUUCUUCCGCAACAUCCUGCACGCGGAGUACCGCGCGACCACCGACGUCUACGCCCUCAUGUUCCUCACCGACGUGGUGGACUUCAUCAUCAUCAUCUUCGGAUUCUGGGCCUUUGGAAAACACUCAGCGGCCGCAGACAUCGCUUCCACGCUGUCGGAGGACCAGGUGCCUGAGGCCUUCCUGGUGAUGCUGCUCAUUCAGUUCAGCACCAUGAUCAUCGACCGUGCCCUCUACCUGCGCAAAACCGUCCUGGGCAAGCUCUUCUUCCAGGUCAUCCUGGUCAUUGGCAUCCACCUCUGGAUGUUCUUCAUCCUGCCGGCGGUCACAGAGAGGAUGUUCAGUCAGAACCCGGUAGCCCAGCUCUGGUACUUUGUCAAGUGCAUCUACUUCGCCCUGUCGGCCUAUCAGAUCCGCUGCGGCUACCCCACCCGCGUCCUGGGCAACUUCCUCACCAAAAAGUACAACCACCUCAACCUCUUCCUCUUCCAGGGGUUCCGUUUGGUCCCGUUCUUGGUGGAGCUGCGGGCUGUGAUGGACUGGGUUUGGACCGACACCACCCUCUCUCUUUCCAACUGGAUGUGUGUGGAGGACAUCUACGCCAAUAUCUUUAUCAUCAAGUGCAGCCGUGAAACGGAGAAGAAAUACCCUCAGCCGAAGGGUCAGAGGAAGAAGAAGAUUGUGAAGUAUGGGAUGGGAGGGCUCAUCAUCUUCUUCCUCAUUUGCAUCAUCUGGUUUCCAUUACUCUUCAUCUCAUUGGUCAGAUCAGUUGUGGGUGUGGUCAAUCACCCAGUGGAUGUUACAGUUACUGUCAAGCUGGGAGGUUAUGAGCCCCUGUUCACUAUGAGUGUCCAGCAGCAGUCCAUCCAGCCCUUCACUCAAGAGGCCUACGACAAACUCACUGCCCACUUCGGAAAUAACGCAGUGGCGAUGCAGUUCAUAACCCUGUACAGCUACGAGGACAUCGUGACGGCCAAGAUCGACGGCAGUUCGGGGUCCGUGUGGCGAAUCAGCCCGCCCAGCCGGCGUGAGGUCAUCAAGGAGUUGCUGAGCAGCCAGGUGGACAUGACACUCCGUUUGCACUGGAACUUCCAGAGGGACCUGGGGAAAGGGGGCACAGUGGAGCACACGUUCGACAAGCACUCCAUUGAUCUGGAACCCGGAAACCCCGUCCGAGCGGAUCUGGCGUCCCUGUUAGAGGGGAACCGUACCGACCCGGUGCGUGUGCCUCACAUGUUCCCCAACUUCAUCCGGGCUCCCAACGGCGCGGAAGCCAAACCCGUCAGCCAGCUGUAUGAGGGUGAUGAGGAGGGCUACCAGGACGUGACUCUGUCGUUGAUGAAGGACCGCUCGCUGGACGGCAGCGGAGUGCAGGAGUGGUGGGACAUCAGCAUCGCCGACUGCGACCCCUCCAAAGAAGGAUGUGGGGUUCUGCCCAUGGUCAUCUUCAACGACAAAGUCAGCCCCCCCAGUCUGGGCUUUCUGGCAGGAUAUGGGAUCAUGGGGCUGUACGUGUCGGUGGUGCUGGUGAUUGGGAAGUUUGUGCGCGGCUUCUUCAGCGAGAUCUCCCACUCCAUCAUGUUCGAGGAGCUGCCCUGCGCCGACCGCAUCCUCAAACUCUGCAACGACAUCUUCCUGGUGCGGGAGACGGGCGAACUGGAGCUGGAGGAGGAGCUCUACUCCAAGCUCAUCUUCCUCUACCGCUCCCCAGAGACCAUGAUCAAGUGGACCCGGAGCAAGGACUAGCGCACGCUCGCUCGCACCCGCGUCCACAGGUAGAGUCCGCAGCGAGGCACUCAAUCCGGACUCCCAUCUGCUAACCGUCGACUCCAGUGGCUCCUCCCCCUUUGGGGUUUCGCACUCCUUGGCAACAGACACUUGACAACCAGGGAAGGCGACGCUGUCUGUGCAUGUAUACAGACCCUUCUGCGGCUGUGCCAGACGUGACCGACCGUUAGCCAAAGCCGUGAGCCAUGUGGCCGUCCAUUUGCCUGGUUUAUGUCUGCCAUUCACUAAAAGGACAGCAUGGACACAGACAGCUUUUCUUAUAUCACUACAAAGCUGAGCCAAGCUCUGUUUUCUCCACCCUUACUUUUCUGCGGCCUGCACAGCACAGUAGGCCCGGGAGAAUGUUACGUCAGAAUGAGGGAACGCCGAAUGGGUCCAGGUAUUAUGACAUCACAGAUCACGGACGCAGUCUGUCAGCUGACAUGUUUGGAAUGGGCAAAUGUCGAAAGGGUUUUUUUAGCGGACAAUGUGAGAGGACAUGCAUUAUCAGAACGAUGGCUGUUCACAGACUGAUAUGCUGUUGAAUGAUAAGGUUGGAAGAAAGUGAUCUUAUUAUAAGGUUAUGGGCUUAUUGUCAAUACUAAGAUAUCAAUGACUUGAACUCCUCUAUGAGCAAUUUCAGAUGUUUUUUUCUAUUGCAAAAAUGGUCUUAUUUUUCCAAAUUUCUCAAGUAUGGUUCUGCUAUUGCCACAGCAAUUACCAGUUGCACAAACAGCAUCUCUUUUUUGUACAAUAUAUCAUAAAGUUAUUUAUUUUUCUUAAAAUGCUCUCUAA